CUAUCCAUCAACCACAUCAGCAUACAUACCUGACUAGAACUCGAACUCUGACAUAUCCAGCCUGAUCAUACGACGAUAAGUAUCUAUCUAUAAUGCCGGACUUCACUCUCACAUCCACAAUCAAGAUGUUGGACGGAAGGUCCAUACCCAUAUUUGGUCUGGGGGUGUACGAAAUGUCCGAUCAGGAGACUUAUGAUGCUUGUCUUUGGGCAUUAGAGAUGGGAUAUAGACAUAUAGAUACGGCUGAAUGGUAUGAAAAUGAAGUGUCUGUGGGGAAAGCCGUAGCUGCUUUUUGCAAGAAAUCAGGAAUAUCAAGAGAAGAAAUCUUUAUAACUUCUAAAUUGAAAAAUAAUCGUACUUACUCUUCCGCCUUGAAAGAUCUUCGAGCAUCUCUGAAAAGAUCUAAUCUGGAUUAUUUCGAUUUAUAUCUUAUGCAUUCACCCAUCGGUGGUCCGUCCGUGAGGAAAGAAAUUUGGUCAGCUUUGAUCGAUGCUCAGAAAGAGGGCUUGGUGAGAAGUAUAGGUGUAUCAAAUUUCGGUGUUAGACAUAUACAAGAAAUUAUCGACCAAAAUGUUCCUUUACCAACUAUCAACCAAAUUGAUUUACAUCCAUUCAUGCGACAUCCCGAUAUAGUCAAGAUCUGUGAAGCGAAUGGGAUCGUACUUGAGGCUUGGGCACCUUUAGCAAGAGGAUAUAAAUUCUCACAUCCUUCCGUGAUUAAAAUUUCCAAGAAACAUGAUAAAUCACCUGCUCAAAUAUUACUUCGUUGGGGGAUACAACAUAAUCAUGUGGUUAUACCUAAAUCCGUAUCGAAAGAAAGAAUUCAAGCAAAUUCUGAAAUCUUUGAUUUUUCACUUUCAGAAGAAGAUAUGAAUGAACUCGACGGAUUGGAUGAAUACCUAGUCACUGAUUGGGAUGUCGUUGAUACUCCUUAAGAUCAAUUUGAUCACGGAUGAGAUGAAACGAAGACGUUUUGUAUAUAAUGAUAUGCAGC